UAUGAUAAACCAGGAUGUCCUUCGGACGUCUUUGGAACGUCCUAUGGACGUACGAGAUACUAAGACAUUACAAAGACUUUUGUGGACAUGUAUUGGACGUCCAUGUGUUGUGUGGGUUACGUGUGCGAUUGGACAAAGUAAUGGCUAUAAUAAUGCUACUGCAGUUUUACAUAAUAUUGCUCGGCAAAAUCGAGAUGAAGAUCCACCAGAAGAUCCUAAUUUAAAUCUUCCAGCACCUUGGGAUGAAAUACUUAAUUAUGGCAAUAUAAAUCCCACUGAAAAUGGAGAUAACAGAAAUAAUGAUAAUGCAAUCGAGAGAAGAAGACUUAUUAACGACUAUUUUCAAAGUUUAUUAUAAGCUAAUUAAAAUAAAGAAAAAAUUGCUAGAAGAAAUACGCAAUUACUGAACAAACUAUAAAAUAUUUACUGUACCAGCAAUAAAAUAAAGUUUUAUUUAUAAAAA